UUGCAUUCCAUUUUAUCUUAAAAAAAAAAUCUCAUGGCUGCAGCUUCUUCUCUUCUAUCCCUUUCCCUUCCUAAACCAAACAUACUCAUUCCAAAAGCUACAACUUCCUUAACCACAACUCCUCCUUCUGUUACGACUACCGAAACACUUGAUCAAAAAUUCGGUCGAAAAGGCAUCAAAUUUAUCGAGUUAGAAGGUGGUACUCAAAUAGCCGAACUAAGCGUAAGAAAUGGGAGUUCAUUGAAGAUACAUUUAAACAAUGCCCAUGUCACUUCUUACAAGCCUAAAGUGUACUGGAAAGAUGAUGGGUGUGAAGAGAUAGUGUACACUACUAGUAAUGCAAAAGGCGGGAUUGGGUUGGUAGUAAAUGAUGGUGAUGCGAAAAAUAAUAAAGGUGUUGAUUUGUCGAAUUGGGUUGUCAAAGAUGCUGACUCUGACUCUAUUGAUGCUGUUCAGGUCGAGUUAAGUUGCACCACAAGUGGAACACUUGACAUAACCUAUGUGAUUUCUCUCUACGCUCUAAGCAUGGCAACAGCAGUUAUAAUCAAGAACAAUGGCCGUAAACCUGUAGAUUUAAAAACCGCCAUACUUAGUCAUCUCAGGUUCAAGAAAAGAGGAGGAACCGCGAUUGAUCUCCUCAAAGGUUGCUCAUAUUGCACACACCCUCCUUUAUCUUCUCAAUUCGAGAUCCUAUCAUCAUCCGAAGCAGUAAAACCAGAGGACCCAGGUUGGUUUUCAUUCGGGUAUGAACCAGAGAAGAAAGGAGGGGUUUGGAGUGUGCAAGAUGUGCCCAUCACCAUUUUAAAACAUAAACUUAGUAGAGUUUAUGGUACUCCUCUUGAGGAAAGAUUAAAGGAGUGCUACAAUACUAUUCCCUCAAAAUAUGAAACUCUUGAUCAGGGAAGAGAAUUGUUCUUCAGGGUAAUAAGAAUGGGGUUCGAAGAGAUAUACUUGUCGAGUCCUGGAUCGUUAGCAGAGAAAUACGGAAAGGACUAUUUUAUAUGUACAGGGCCUGCUUCAAUGUUGGCUCCCAUCAGGAUCGAACCUGGUGAAGAGUGGAGAGGGGCACAAGUAAUCGAGCAUGAUAAUUUGUAAAUGUAUAUCUGACACGUACUGUUUAUAUAUGUGCUGGUUCUUAAUUUAAACAAAGGGAAUAAUCUGUCAUUAAUUAGUCAUUUGGCCCUUUUGUUAAUGUACAUGUACCAAGUGUAUUUACAUAGAAUAUUUUGAAACAAAUCAAGUGUUUCACAUGCUUCCUGUGAAA